AUGCACUUCUCCACAUACACUACCGCGAGCGUGUUGGCUGCUCUGGCCACCGCUCAGACCUUCACUGAUUGCAACCCCAUGGAGAAGAAGUGUCCCAACAACCCUGCCAUGCCCCAGAACUGGGAGACCGACUUCACUGCCGGAAAGGAUGCUAUCAAGGGAUGGAAGCAGACUGCCGGUUCCCUGACAUAUGGACCCGAGGGCGCUGAGUUCACUGUUGCCAAGAAGGGUGAUGCUCCCACCAUUGGAUCCGAGGCCAUGCUUCACUUUGGAUACGUUGAGGUCGUCAUGAAGGCAGCUCCUGGCGUCGGAAUUAUCUCCUCCAUUGUUCUUCAGUCUGACAACUUGGAUGAGGUCGACUGGGAAUGGAUUGGUGGUGUAGACAGCCGUGUACAGCAGAACUACUUCGGCAAGGGCAACACUACCACCUACGAUCGCAUGAUCGAGGCUGAUGCUCUGAACAACCAGAACGAGUUCCACAAGUACGCACUCAACUGGACUUCGGAAUCGCUCACCUGGAUUGUUGACGACAAGCCUACCCGCACUCUGAACUUUGCCGAUGCCAACGGCGGCAAGAACUACCCGCAAACGCCCUGCAAUGUUCGUCUCGGAAACUGGCCAGGCGGUGACUCCAAGGAUGAAGGCACUCGUCAGUGGGCGGGUGGUAACGUCACCUACGACGAUGCGCCCUUCACCAUGACCGUCAAGAGCAUCAAGGUCAUCAACUACUCGCCCGGCAAGGAGUAUGAGUGGACUGACAAGACCGGCGACUUCAAGUCCAUCAAGGUCAUCGAUGCCGGUAACACAGAGGGUGCUCCUGUCAAUAGCGUAGCCAUCGAAGACUCCGCUGCCGCAACCGGAGCUCCCAUCGAGUCUGGCAUCGACGCCCCAGCCGCCACUGGUGGUUCUGACAGCGGUUCUGACUCCAAGCCCUCUGGUGCUUCCACCACCUGCACGGAGAGCGACGCAGCAAAGCCCACACCCCCAGCUGUCCCCGCCGGCGGCAACGGCGGAUCCGGCUUCAACUACCCCACCGGCGGCGCCGCUGUCCCCCAAGAAUCGGGCAGCCCUGACUCUCCUACCGGCAGUGAUAGCGAAGAUGAGCCUUGCGAGUGCGGUACUGCUACCGUCACCGUCACCGACGCUCCCCCAGCAAUUACCAACGCACCGCCCGCCACCUUCACGACUGAGUACCCUGCUGUGCCCAUCUCCAGUCUGAUCACUUCAGCAGUACCUUCAUCUCCUCCCUACCCCACCUCUGGUCUGGAGAUCGACACCAGGUCUGCACCUGGUGUUGUUGUGCCAUCAAUCGCGCCUACUGGUGCGCUGCCCCAGCCCUCUGGCAACGCUACCUUCUCUGCUCCACCAUCGCAGUUUACUGGUGCAGCGAGCCAUGUCAAGGCCGGUGGUCUUGUCGGUGCUAUGAUGGGUGCUGUCUUGCUUGCUUUCUAA